AGGGGGAAAAAGUAUUUGUAAAUUGUAAUUAUAUUCCUAUAAAAGAUGUAAUUGUGUGAUAACAGAGAGAUGUUUUUCUUUUGAUAAAAACAGAACAAGGUAAAGAUCAAAGUUGACCCAGCAGGGUUUCCUCUUUGAAAAAUGCUGUUCUUCCAGAUUUUGUCAAGAUCUUUUCCUCAAAGCCAAUGGCUGGUCUAUCAGCCAAUUCUCAAUCUCAAAGGCCCUUUUCCAACGCCUUCGUCUCUCUCUCUCUCUCUCUCUCUCUUUCUGUGUUGCCUCUACAAGGUAGACCUCUAGACCCCAUCAAUCAUUCAAAUCUGGUUCUUCGAUUCUUGGCACUCGCAUUCUCCUUUGUCUCUGCACUGUCACUGGCUGCCUCAUCAUCAAAUAACAACCAUACAUGUGUUUGUGAUAUAGCACACAGAGGUAUUCCCAUCUCUAUCGUGUUCUCUGAGUACCUGAGCUUCAUACUUGAUCAGUUGGUGGGAUAUCUUCUUGAAUCUUCUUGUUCAGUAUCAAUAUUGGCUUCUCAACACACAAGCAAAACUGCUUUGCUCUAG